AUGGAAAUUUCUUUUCAGGAUGCUAUUGCUGAGGAAACUUAUAAUGCAUUUCUUGCUGGUUUAAAAUCUUCUUUCGAGUUGCAAAGUUGGGGCAUCUCCUUACUCGUCUCAGGUUAUGAUGAGAAACAGCGCAGAUACAUCAACGAUUUGGUUCAACGUUUCAUCAGCUUCGUGCCAGGGUGCUCAUACGUAUACAAAGCAUGCCAGCCAACACAUCCUAAUGCAUCCAUUGACUACAUCAUGCAAACAGGUCAACAGGAUGUCCGUGAAAAUGUCUUGUUGGAGCUAAUCGUUCAGCUUAUCUCCGAACCUGCUUUUAAUCAGCUUCGAACAAACGAGCAGUUGGGUAACGUGACAAAAAGUAGCUGGAUUUUCUUUUUUCUUUCAGGCUACAUUGUUCAUACGGGAGCGAGAAGAAAUCGUGGCGUUCAGGGAGUAGAGUUACUAAUUCAAGGACAGCACGAUCCCGAGUUUAUGGAAGAAAGAAUCGAGAAUUUCCUCAUGCAAUUCAGAGUCUUUCUUAAAUUAUUUCGAUCAUUCGUGAUUUCCGUUGCUGUAGGAAAAAGUGGCUGGAUUUUCUUUUUUCUUUCAGGCUACAUUGUUCAUACGGGAGCGAGAAGAAAUCGUGGCGUUCAGGGAGUAGAGUUACUAAUUCAAGGACAGCACGAUCCCGAGUUUAUGGAAGAAAGAAUCGAGAAUUUCCUCAUGCAAUUCAGAGUCUUUCUUAAAUUAUUUUGA